CAGUUAUUUCAAGGCUCUGUAGUGGCCCCAUCCUGGAGAAUGAAGGGAUAAGCCUCUCCAACUUCUAUUGGCCCAAAUCUGAUUCCUCUGCUUCCUUGGCAAUGCUAAAUUAGACCAACAAAAAAUAAUAAUAAUAAUAAUAACUCCCAGAAAAAAAAAGAAUUGAGCUAAAAAAAAGAAGUGGAGAUGAACAUACCUUUGCUCGAAUAAUAAUUCCACCUCAAAAUCCCAAAUCCAUCGAAUUUACACAGCAAUCCCACUAAAAAAAAUAUGGCAGCCUCCGCGAUCGCCUCCGCCAUUUCUUCUUCUUCGUCGUUGUCGUUGUCGUCGUCGCCCUUCUCCCGUUCGCAUCUCCUCCCUUCUCGAAGACGACCACUGAAGGUGUUCGCCAUGGCUAGCAAGAAGAAGCAGCUAGACCUUUCCUACAACAAGCUGAGUGGUAUGAUACCUGAAGAGGUGAUGGCCAUCUCCUCUCUCUCAGAAGGUCUUGUCCUCUCGCAUAAUCUUCUUGUAGGACGGAUACCUUCGGAAGUGGGAAAUUUGAAGAAUCUGGAGAUGUUGGAUGUAAAAGAGAAUAAACUAUCCGGUACAAUUCCUUCUACUCUCGGCGAGUGCCAAGUUCUUCAGUUUCUGUACGUACAAAUGAACUCCUUACAGGGGAGCAUUCCAUCUUCUUUUAGAGCACUGAGAGGUUUGCAAGAAUUGAACCUCGCAAGCAACAAUUUAUCCGGAGAGAUUCCAAGUUUUUUUGAGGAUUACAGCAGCCUUUACUAUCUGAAUCUCUCUUUCAACAACUUCAAGGGUGAAGUGCCGAAAACAGGGGUUUUCUCAAAUAUUAGCGCGUUUUCAAUCCAGGGGAAUAACAAGCUCUGCGGAGGAAUCAAGCAACUUCAUUUACCACCUUGUAAUAUCAAAUCCCCACACAACAAACACACAUUUAGAACACUGAUAAUCGUGAUUCUAGUUAUAGUCGCUUCCGUGAUUAUCAGUUCAAUCUUGCUAUUGUUCUUCUUCUUCUAUUCUCGAUGUUGGCCAGAAUCUGCAAGAGAUCCUUCGACAUCCCUGAAAGCCCAUUUAGGAAUCUCUUACUCUGAAUUGGUUAAAGCAACGGACGGAUUCUCAGCGACUAACUUAAUUGGCAUGGGAAGCUAUGGUUCUGUUUACAAAGGAUUACUGGAAGGCGAGGGAGAAGAUAGUGUAAAGGUUGCGGCCGUGAAGGUUCUCAACCUUCAGACACCUGGAGCUUCAAAAAGUUUCACAGCAGAGUGUGAAGCCAUGAAGAACCUUCGACAUAGAAAUCUCGUAAGGAUAAUAACUUCGUGUUCGAGCUCAGAUUACAAUGGGAGUGAAUUCAAAGCGCUAGUCUUCGAAUUCAUGCCGAAUGGUAGUUUGGAAGAUUGGCUGCAUCACGAAGCAAGCUCACAAGCUGAAUCAAAACACUUGAGCCAUCUGCAAAGAUUGAACAUUGCAAUUGAUGUGGCUUCUGCAUUGGAUUAUCUUCAUUGCCACUCUGGCACACCGAUUGUGCACCGUGAUCUGAAGCCAAGCAACGUUCUUUUGGAUGAUGACAUGGUUGCUCAUGUGGGGGACUUUGGAUUAGCCAGGUUCCGGACAGCCCAAAAGUCAGCGAGCUCGAUCGGGUUUAAAGGAUCGAUUGGAUAUGUAGCACCAGAGUAUGGAGCGGGGAACAGAGUCUCUGCACAUGGAGACAUCUACAGUUUUGGGAUACUUCUCAUGGAGAUGAUGACAGGAAGAAGACCCACAGAUAACAUCUUUAAACAAGAUCUAAGCCUUCACAGAUAUGUUGAGAUUGCCUUCCCUGAUAGGGUCAUUGAGAUUGUCGAUGCUCGCUUGCUAGCAGAACUAGCAGAUGAUGAAGACGAAGCUUUCGAAGAGAAGGAAUCGACUGGCGGAAAAGCAUUUCAGUGCAUAGUUUCAUUGCUUAGAGUCGGCCUCAUGUGUUCAAAGCAAUUCCCCGCUGAGCGAAUGCUGAUUGGAGAUGUCAUCAAGGAAUUGCAUGUAGUUCGAGAAAUGCUGCUAGGGAAGAAGGAUGUGUAG